AUGCCUGCAUACCACUCCAUCUUCCUGGAGGAUCGCGAUGUCCCCGUGAUUGGAAACUUCCCUAUCCUCCCUCUCCGGACUCGCACCCGCGGCCCCGCAUACACAUUGCCCCCGCUUCCCAACAUCGACGACCUCGAUGUCUCCCCCGAAAGUGAAUCAUAUGACUGCGUCGACGAGAUCUUGUCACUUUUCCGGGCCAAUGUCCUUUUCCGCAACUUUGAGAUCAAUGGCCCCGCCGACCGCAUGCUCAUUUACGGAACUCUGUUUAUUAGCGAGUGUCUCGGCAAGGUCAAGCCAACAAUGAAUGCUCGCGAAGCUGAAAAGGCCCUGAUCAAUGCCUCCCUCGAUAACUUUGCUAUCCCCGGUGAUGUUUCGUUCCCGCUUAACCAGGCCUUUGAGCCCCCACGCGAUCGUCAGGACGCCGAGAGUCUGCGCCAGUACAUCUCGCAGGUGCGACAGGAGAUUGCCAUGCGCCUACAUGCUAGAUUAUACCCCGGUGGCGUUGGACCCUCCAAGUUCUGGCUUAGUUUCACGAAGAGAAAGUUUAUGGGCAAGAGCCUGUAA